AUGCCCAUGUACAGAGCGCAGCCGUACAACAGCGGGGACAUCCAGGUAGAUCUGCCCACCUGCAUGUACAGCCUGCCCAACGUGCACCAGCCCAUCAAUGGACUCCAUGAGCAGGAGCAAGCUGAUCCAGCUCUACAAGCCCUGGAGUCCAGGCAAGAAGAUAUCUUGAAGCGCCUCUAUGAGCUGAAAGCUGCUGUUGAUGGCCUCUCAAAGAUGAUCCAGACUCCAGAUGCAGAUCUUGAUGUGACAGACAUUAUUCAGGCAGAUACAACAGCAGCUCCGGCCACUCAGACAGCAGACCUGGAUGCUAUACUUGGAAAAGAUUACGGUGCUUUGAGAGAUAUUGUCGUCAAUGCAAAUCCCGCCCUGCCUCCACUUUCCCUGCUGAUCCUGCACAGUCUGCUGUGUGAACGCUACCAGGUGCUAUCAGCAGUUCACACGCAUUCUUCUGUCACCAACAUCCCAGAACCUCUACUGAAAUGCUUUGGGGAUCAAGUGAAUAAAAAAGUAUCGACAGGAAUAUCAGCUUGGCUUCACUCUUAUUUGGAAAGAUGUGCCUAAACCACAGAUGAAAUUCAACAUUCAAAAUAUGUGUCCUAUUGAAGGUGAAGGAAACAUAGCCCGUUUCCUGUUCUCCCUCUUAGGCAACUCUUAUAGUGCUGUUACAGCCACACUAAUUGACAGCUGGGUGGACACCGCCAUCUUCCAACUCAGAGAAGGCAGCAGUAAGGAGAAAGCAGCUGUUUUGCGAGCCUUGAAUUCUGCACUAGGCAAGGCUCCCUGGCUGGUGGGAAAUGAACUGACCAUUGCAGACAUCGUCAGUUGGUGCGCCAUUCAACAGUCUGGUAACUCGACGGCAAUUCCAGCAAAUGUGGAGAAGUGGAUGAAGUCCUGUGAAAACCUCACAUCCUUCCAUUCAGUGCUAAACUUAUUAAAGUAA